AAACGCCCAAUCAGGCCGCAAAGUCCCAAAGCGACAAGUCCUGUGGCCCGUGGCCUUCCGAGCUCGGCGCGCGGGGGGCGUUGCCGCCAAGGCCAAUAGGCGCGAGCCCACGGUGCGGAGCGAGCGCCUCAAAUGCUCGGGUUUCUCAGCUGAUUGUCUCCAGCGGAGAGUUGUUUUUUGCAGCUACCGAACCCAACCGCGCCGCAGCAGGAGGAGCCGAGACCCCCGGGGGGGGCGGGGAGAGGAGGCGGGGUCCGGGGAGCCGCUGCCGCUCUGCGCGGGGCUCCGGCUUCUGUCACGGCACUUCCUGGGGUUGGAGGCUGGGGAGGGUGGGGGGUCAGGGGACCGUCCUUCUGCCCCUUCGACGGCGGCUCUUUCCUUCCCGCGCUCCUUCGCCCGCGUCGCAGCCCUCUCAUGAGGGUGUCCGUGCCGGGUCCGGCGGCUGCCGUCGCCCCCACGGCCAGCCCCGAGCCCUCGUCCGGCGGGGGUGGCGGAGGCGCCGGCGCUGCCGCCUCAGGCGCCGCGGUGCCGGGCUCGGUGCAGUUGGCGCUGAGCGUCCUGCACGCCCUGCUCUACGCCGCGCUCUUCGCCUUUGCCUACCUGCAGCUGUGGCGCCUGCUCCUGUACCGCGAGCGGCGGCUGAGUUACCAGAGCCUCUGCCUCUUCCUCUGUCUCCUGUGGGCAGCGCUCAGGACCACUCUCUUCUCCGCCGCCUUCUCGCUCAGCGGCUCCCUGCCCCUGCUCCGGCCGCCCGCUCACCUGCACUUCUUCCCCCACUGGCUGCUCUACUGCUUCCCCUCCUGUCUCCAGUUCUCCACGCUCUGUCUCCUCAACCUCUACCUGGCGGAGGUUAUAUGUAAAGUCAGAUGUGCCACUGAACUUGACAAACACAAAGUUCUACUGCAUUUGGGCUUUUUAUUGGCAAGCCUCCUAUUUUUAGUGGUGAACUUGACAUGUGCACUAUUAGUCCAUGGAGAUGUUGCAGAAAAUCAGUUGAAAUGGACUGUGUUUGUUCGUGCAUUAAUCAGUGAUAGCCUAUUUAUUCUUUGUGCCAUCUCUUUAGUUAGUUACAUAUGCAAAAUGGCAAAAAUGUCAUCAGCAAAUGUCUACCUCGAAUCAAAGGGUAUGUCUCUGUGCCAGAUUGUCGUUGUAGGCUCUGUAGUCAUUCUUCUCUACUCUUCAAGAGCAUGUUAUAAUUUGGUGGUGAUCACCAUAUCUCAGGAUACACUGGAAAGUCCAUUUAAUUAUGGCUGGGAUAAUCUUUCAGAUAAGGCACAUAUAGAAGACAUACACGGAGAAGAGUAUAUAGUGUUUGGAAUGGUCCUUUUUCUGUGGGAACAUGUACCAGCAUGGUCAAUAGUACUGUUUUUCCGGGCACAGAGAUUAAACCAGAAUCUGGCACCAGCUGGUAUGAUAAAUAGUCACAGUUAUAGCUCGAGAGCAUACUUUUUUGACAAUCCAAGACGUUAUGAUAGUGAUGAUGACUUGCCAAGAUUGGGAAGUUCAAGAGAAGGAAGUUUAUCAAAUUCACAAGGUUUGGGCUGGUAUGGCACCAUCACUGGAUGUGGCAGCAACAAUUAUACAGUCUCUCCCCACAUGAAUGGACCUAUGACAGAUACUGCUCCUUUGCUCUUCACUUGUAGUAAUUUAGACAUGAGCAAUCAGCACAGCUUAUAUGUAACACCACAAAACUGACAGCAUUACCAAGUUGUGAUCUUUAACUGUUUUUCAUGAAUAUGAAACAUGUUUAAAUUCCAUCUACAUAAACAUUCCUUUAUCUGUUGCAGCUGAAAACAAAGCCUGGAAAUAUGGCGCUGUUCAGCAGAGAACAUACUUGUGACCUCUUUAUGAUAAAAUGAAGUAAAAUGCAGUUUGGAUUUAGAUCUUAAAGCACUUGGUGGGGUCUAAACAUCCUAACUUUGGUACAUCAAAUGCAUAUUUGCACUUUUAUCUUGAUUUUGAAAGAGUACGCUGCAGACCCCUGAGUCAUACUCAAGUGUUCACACUGGGAUCCUAUACUGUACACCAAAUUAGCAGGCAGUUUUCCUGUGAAAAUGAAGGCCUGAUACUCAGUAGUGUACACUAUAGAAUUAUUACCUAAUAAAAAUUUGAGAGUAUGAAUAGUGCACAGAAUUAAGGCAUAAAAAUGUAUCAUUCUUUUAAAAAAUAUGUUUAAAUAUAUAAUUGUUGAAGAUAGUUCUUUUAAGCAUGAUUGUAAGAGACCAACUGAAAUUAUUCAAUAUUAAACAAAUGAUAGUAAUAAUCCUUUACAGUAAUGACCAGCAGUGUUCUUUGGAAAGCCAGUCAUUUAUUCAAAAGGAAAUUAUAUUAGUGAAAAUAAUAUAACUUGGAGUAGAAUUGAUAGUGAUUAUUUGAUUAUUUUGUAUCAUUCAGUUAUAUGUAAUAGUUUAAGCAUGAUUCUUUAAGAAAGCAAUAGUGAUUUUUUUUUUUAACAUUAGGGAGACUUUGGUAGAAACUUCUUGGGACUAAACAGGUUUACAGAUGCAUCUUAAGAAUUAUUCAUAAUAUGUAUAAUCCUAAGUUUAAAUAUGAGUACAUUUUCAAAAGCAUUCAAUUUCACUGGAAAAAGGUUUAGCUGAUCUUAUGUACUUAAUCAGGUCUGUCCUCAGGUAAAUUAAAUUAUGACACAUUACUGAAGUGAACUUAAGUGCAAUACUUUAUAAGGCAUAAUUUCCCCCUUUACUUUUCACAUUUUUAUAUCUUGUAUGUGUGCAAAGUCAAAAUUAAAUUUAAUUCAUAAUAAUUCCAACAUUAGACUAAAUGAACAAGCUUAUGUAAAGUACUAGCUAGCUAAACAUAAAACCAGUGGUUAACAUACUGGAAUACUUUUAGAAUUAAACUAAAAAUAUCUUGAAUGUUCUAUCCCAAAUCUAAAAAAAAAAAAAAAAUACAUGAUAGACUAAAAUAGAAUUGUAAAAUGCACUUUCUACCAGUGUCUAUGUGGAAAAACAGUAGAUACUGAAUACCUCAAGAUGCCAAGGGAACAGGCAACAUUGGAACACUGUCACAACAUGCUUAAAGAUGACUGACUGUAUGCAAGUGUCUGCUGAUGUUUAUCUUCAGAACUGGAACUAUUGAUACUACAAUUUUCCUCCUAUCUUCUCCUUUGAUUAGAAAAUUAUCUUACUUCUAUUAUUAAAAUGUCAUUCAGCUGUUUAGAAAUUGAUACAGUAGCUUACAAAAUUAUAAACAUCAGGGAAACCCUAGGGAAUUAGUGAAGUUUUUUACUUUAUUGAUCUUUUGGGAAGCUGGUACAAAGUUUAAAAAAAAAAAAAGCUACUAAGCUGCUAGCAUACAAAAUACAUGACUCUGAAUUCAGUCAUAAGUGCGAUCAUAUAAAUACUACUUUGCAUUUAUUUUACAAACUCACUGCAAAGAAAUUGUUUCAAAUUUUAUAGAAGAGACGUUAACCAUAAUACUAUAACAUAAUAAUAUAUCUUGUACUUAUCUGAAUAUAUUUUGAUAACAAUUUCAGUUACUAGAUUUCUAUUAAAAAUGUUAACUAUACAUUUUCCCAAUAAUGCUACAGAUCUAUUAUCUAGAGCUAUCUAAAAAGAUCUCUGUUAAUCCUAGGCAUUCAAAAAUUUAAAAAAAAAUUCUAAUAAGGCUUCCCUACAUAAUAUUCCUAUUUGACCAGAUAAGUAAAGACUACUUUAAAAAAUAUUUCAGAUAAAAUAACUUUCUUCUUUUACCUGUAUUAGUUGAUUCUAACAGAUUUGAAAAUUGUAACUUUAUUAUCACUGAUAAAGUAUCUGAAUUCUUGCAUUUGUUUUCUUAUGUACAUCUCCCAUAACACAUCACCAAAGACAUGGAAAGAUAAGCUUCUGGCCCAAUUUUUGCUUAAAGAUUCCAAAGCACUAGGAGCACUUUAAGUUUGGUCUCGGAAGAAGUGAUUGUUUAUAAAAAUCAAAGGGCUACCAAUUCCCUGUUCAUCCUGCACUAAAGCACAUGAUGGCAAUUUCAAUCUUUGCUCUUUGGUUCAUUGAUUAGAACAGUGAAUUUCAUUGCUUAGGCAUGUAAUUCUACAGUGAUUACCAGUACUUGUUUUAUUGUUUCAUUUGGGUCAUUGAUUUUGAAACUCUUAUCACCCAUUAUAACUGGUUGUAGUUUUAUGAAAGAUGUAAUUUAUAGCUAAAAUGGCUUUUUUAUGCAUAGCUGCCUUUUUAUUGUUUAACAGUUUCCCAGCUAUAUAAUCAGUUUCAAACUGGUUGUAAAUGUAUAGCUGUGGCCAAUGAAUGUAUUUAUUUGUUCCACUAAAUUGUAGCAAAAUACUACUGUUAAAAAAUAAAGGUAUUUGUGCUUUUA